AUAGGUGUCCUCCCUCUGGUUAUAGCCUCACAGGGCCUUCUCCAUGCAUGCGCUCAUUCAUAAAUGUCACAAGACAUUUCUAAGCAGUCGCGAGGCUUAGCCUGAGUAGCACCCACAAAAUGCACAGAACGAUACCUGGCCAGUGGUAAGCUUGCAAGGAAUGUUACCCAGAUGACACCAUAUGGGAAACUGAAGAGGAGGGACUAGUGAUUAGCAAGAAUCCAAAACUGCAUUAAGGAAGGUGGUAGUCAGGGAAAGCCUUCUUUGAGGAGGUGACAGGGGACUGAGGCCCAAAUGAAAUCAAAGCGUUAGCUACACAGUGAUCCUUGGGGAACAGUGGUUCUGGCAGAGGGAGCUACUGGUACAGAGGCCUUGGGGUGGAAAGGAAUUUAGCUCUUUUUGGGAAAGAAAGGGAGGAGUGGGCAGGUAGAGAGGAGUGGGAGGUGGAGUCGCCUCCACAAGGGAAAGAUGCAGGUCUGUCCUAGGAGCAGUGGAAAGCCUCCGGAUGCGGCGCAUAAAUCUGAAGUAAAUACAGACUGGUGGAGAAAGAGCCCAGCCCGGGGGCCUGAAAACUUAGAGUCUGGGCCUCUUGACAGCUAGGUGUCCUUGUAAAGUGCUUACGGGGGCCUUCCUCUCUGAAAGAGAGGCCUGGUAGCAAUGCCCCUCUUCUAGAAGCUUUGUGAAGACCUAAGGAUGUGUCUUUGGUUCUUACGUGUUAAGUGUUGGCUGAGGUGACCCCAAGAGCGUGUGUCCGAGUCCCAUACUCCCUGGAUGGUGACUGUCGCACAGGGGUUCACGGACCUGACCUGGAGAAAUCCCAGUCUAGGGGGUGGUGGGUGGAAGGUCCUUGGUAAAUAAUGAAGCGAGGAGCGAAUGGUGGAUUUUAAGGUUUCUUUGUUUUGUUUUUAGAUUUUAUUUAUUCAUUUGAGAGACAGAGUGUUUGAGAGACAAAGAGAGAGAGAGCAUGAGUGGUCAGAGGGGCAGUGGGAAAGGGAGCAGCAGGCUGCCCACUGAGCAGGGAGUCCAAAGCAGGGCUGGAUCCCAGGACCCCAAGGUAAUGACUUGAGCUGAAAGCAGAUGCUUAACCAACUGGGCCACCCAGGCGCCCUAAUGGUAGGAUUUUAGCCUACAUAGUCCCCUGCUCUUUGUGGAUGGGCUCUUGGUGCAACCAACCUGAUGCUUCCCUACCUUUCCCCCCCCCAGGAAGUGCUUUAGGAGGACAGGUGUACACCUCCAGAUAGGAACACUGAAGCCCAGAGCUUGGAACCCAGGCAGGGGUCAAACCCUCGGAGAGGGACACAGACGCAAAAAGGGUGCUGGUUUUGGUCUCAAGGUGUUCCACAGGGGUGAGAGAGCAUGAAGAUGUGGCUUGAACUCUGGGUUCUGAUCAGCGUAGGGAGGGCCCAGACAACUGAUGCAAGAGCCCAGUAACUCAAGGCAAAUUAAACACCUCGAUUCAAGCUCCAGCUGUGAGUCUAUCUCUGUGACCAUGGGCUAGUCUCUAAACCUCUGGGAACCUCAGUUCAUUUUUUUGUGAAUGAGGACAAGCAUCCCUAGCUCGGGAAGCUCUAAGAGAGUGACCAAAGGGAGCAUGCUCCGCGAAGUGACUGGCUCUAAGAAGACUCUCGAUACUUGAGGGCAGUUAUUCACAGAAUUCAACCAACACUAGGAAGUACUAUUAUUUUUUUUUUUAAGAUUUUAUUUAUUUAUCCGACAGACAGAGAUCACAAGUAGGCAGAGAGAGGAAGGGAAGCAGGCUCCCUGCUCAGCAGGGAGCCAGAUGCAGGACUCCAUCCCAGGACCCUGGGAUCAUGACCUGAGCCGAAGGCAGAGGCUUUAACCCACUGAGCCACCCAGGCGCCCAGGGAAGUACUAUUAUUAUCUCCAUUUUUCAGAUGAGAAAAUCGAGGUGCCGUGACAUGAAGUAAAUGGCACAGGGUCAUAGCUAGGAAGUGAGUGAGGCAAGACUGGAAGCCAGGCAGUUUGGCUUCAGAGAUGGGACACUUAGCCACAAUGCUACACUGAUUGUCUGAGCCUCAGGUUCCUUUUCUGUAAAAAAGGAAUAUAUAUAACAGAACACGCCUCACAGUGUUGACGUGAAGUUUGAGUUAACACAUGUAAAGAGCUUAGGAUACUGCCUUUUACUGAGGCAAGUCCUCAGUAAACAGGAACUAUCAUUUUUAUUUAAGGGAAACUUUAUCAGUCAGACUGUCCAGAGAUGGUCUAGAAAGGAGUUAGUGACUGCCUAAUCCAGAGAUAGGGAAGAAUCCCCUGGAAAUUCUAGGGAGAAUUCAAGCCACGGGGAAGGUUAGGCCUCAUGCCCUUUAACUCACCUUCCAGCCCCAGCACUUAGUGGGAAAAGUGAGGGGGGGUUGGGAACCAAACCAAAACAAGCUGAGACUGGAACAGAGCUGUGCGGGGUUAGGGCCAAAAACCAUAGGGGAGAUACAGGAAGAGCUUCCUUGGGGAAGUGGGGCUCAAAGAAAGGCUUGGUGGGCUUUGUAAUAGCCAGGAGGAACCUGGGAGCUUGCAUGGUGUGCUGGAAGUCAUGAGAAGUUACUGAGCAGGGGACAAAGUAUGACAUGAUACCUAAAGAAGAUUCUGGCUGCCUGUACACAUGGCGUUUUUUUGUGUCUAGGGGCGGGAGACUGGGGAAGGGCCACUAGGCAGAAAGGUACUGUCCAAGAUUCAGCCCGUGCCAUUUACCCCAAGGGCUCCCUGUGGGUCCUGACUUGGAAGCCACCAACCCCUGUGGUAUACAGAUGAGGAAGCAGGCCUAGAAAGGAGCACUCGACUCAGGCUCCUUCUGCCCAGACUAGCUUCGGGACACACCUGGCUCCCACCACGGCCUACAGCAGCACCCUUACCCCGCACACUGGCCGCCCCUGCAGCUGCUGCCGAGUGCUCCCUAAGUGGAUCUGCCCAUAAUCCUCUUCUUUUCAUCCCCUUGGGAGGAUGAGCUGGUGUUAAGACUAAUGCAGCCAUUAAUCCUAUUUCCUCCCAGCCGUGAGCCCCAGGAGCCGCUGGGUGGAAUGAGAAAGAAGGGGCCUUAGCUAGAGCGGGUGCCCCGGGACGCCAGGCUAAAUCAGAUGUAUUGAUUGUGACUGAGACACAUCUAACUGCUAGCAGCUGAAGCUGCCCGGAGGGUAGUGAGUUCCCCGUUACCAGAGCUAUGGGAACAGGAGCCCAACAGCAAUUCCGCAGCAGAGGGCGGACCAGGAUUCCUGGCUGGGGUGGAGUCCCUUACAGCUGUGCAAGGCCAGAAUUCUGUGAAAAGUUGCUGCCUCUGACUAACCAGAGGGGAAAGACCGAGUACAUGCUCUGGGGACUGGGGACCUGUCACUUCAGACAGACGGCGCCGGUCGCCAGUUAGCCCACUAAUUCUGCCUUCUUCGGGACCUGCCUCUGCCUUCCCUGGGAACUUGGCCGCCUUCAGGCCGGGCCCACAUCCUGGUAACCUCUGUGUCUGCAGCCCUGCAGGGGACCCUGUGCCCUGGCACAGGCCUUAGCCGCUGAGCUGCAGGAGGAUGGGGAGAUGGAGGGAGCCUGGGCCUUCUGGGAUGCUUCAGCCUUUGGAGAAGCUCAGGGCCUGGGGAAGAAAGUACCGGUGGACAUUUGAUGACGCCAGCCCCCUCUCUCGGCCCCUCCAAGGUUACCUGGUCCAACUUCUUCCAUCAAUGAACAGCCCAGAGAGCAAACGCCAGUUCAGAGCGUGAGAGCCAGGGAUGUUUGGAAGGAGAGAUAGGACCCUCCCUGACAAGCUCCAGCCUUGGAAGCCAUGGAGGUGGAGUCUGCGGAGGCCCGGUCCCCCGCGCCCGCCGCCGCCCCCGCCCCCGCCCCCGCCCCCGCGCCGGGCUACAAGCGCUCUGGCCGCCGCUACAAGUGCCUGUCCUGCACGAAGACGUUCCCAAAUGCGCCUCGGGCCGCGCGUCACGCGGCCACACACGGCCCCGUAGACUGCGCAGAAGAGGUGGCGGAAGCCAAGCUGAAGCCAGAGACAGAACCCAAGGCCGAGGAUGCUGGCGGGGACAAGGUGUCAGGCGCACCGGCCAAGCCUCGGCCUUACGCGUGCCCGCUGUGCCCCAAGGCCUACAAAACGGCUCCCGAGCUGCGCAGUCAUGGCCGCAGCCACACUGGCGAAAAGCCCUUCCCUUGCCCCGAGUGUGGCCGCCGCUUCAUGCAGCCCGUGUGCCUGCGUGUGCACCUGGCCUCCCAUGCCGGCGAGCUGCCCUUCCGCUGCGCUCACUGCCCCAAGGCCUACGGCGCGCUCUCCAAGCUCAAGAUCCACCAGCGCGGUCACACGGGCGAGCGGCCCUACGCUUGCACCGACUGCGGCAAAAGCUUCGCCGACCCCUCGGUGUUCCGCAAGCACCGGCGCACGCACGCCGGCCUGCGGCCCUACGGCUGCGAGCGCUGCGGCAAGGCCUACGCGGAGCUCAAGGACCUUCGCAACCACGAGCGGUCCCACACCGGGGAGCGCCCCUUUCUCUGCUCCGAGUGCGGGAAGAGCUUCUCGCGCUCGUCCUCGCUCACCUGCCACCAGCGCAUCCACGCGGCGCAGAAGCCCUACCGCUGCCCGGCCUGCGGCAAGGGCUUCACGCAGCUCAGCUCCUACCAGAGCCACGAGCGCACGCACUCGGGCGAGAAGCCCUUCCUGUGCCCGCGCUGCGGCCGCAUGUUCUCCGACCCGUCGAGCUUCCGGCGCCACCAGCGCGCGCACGAGGGCGUGAAGCCGCACCGCUGCGAGAAGUGCGGCAAAGACUUCCGACAGCCGGCCGACCUGGCCAUGCACCGGCGGGUGCACACGGGGGACCGGCCCUUCAAGUGCCUGCAGUGCGACAAGACGUUCGUGGCGUCCUGGGACCUCAAGCGCCACGCGCUGGUGCACUCGGGCCAGCGGCCGUUCCGCUGCGAGGAGUGCGGGCGGGCCUUCGCCGAGCGCGCCAGCCUCACCAAGCACAGCCGCGUGCACUCGGGCGAGCGCCCCUUCCACUGCACGGCCUGCGGGAAGUCCUUCGUGGUCUCGUCCAGCCUCCGGAAGCACGAGCGCACCCACCGAAGCAGCGAAGCCGCAGGGGCGCCCCCACCGCAGGAGCUGGUCGUGGGGCUGGCCCUGCCCGUCGGCGUGGCGGGCGAGGGCGCCACCAGCCCCGCCGCGGGCGCCGCGCUAGGGGACCCCCCAGCAGGGCUGCUCGGGCUGCCCCCGGAAUCGGGCGGGGUGAUGGCCACCCAGUGGCAGGUGGUGGGCAUGACGGUGGAACACGUGGAGUGCCAAGAUGCUGGGGUUGGGGAGGCUCCUGGUCACCUGGCGGGGGCAGGCGAGGUGGGGGCAGAGGAGGUGGACGAGAAGCCGCCGCAGUUUGCCUGCCGCGAGUGCAAGGAGACCUUCUCCACGCUGACGUUGCUGCGGCGGCACGAGCGCUCGCACCCGGAGCUCCGACCCUUUCCCUGCACCCAGUGUGGCAAGAGCUUCUCUGACCGGGCAGGGCUGCGCAAACACAGCCGCACCCACAGCUCUGUGCGCCCCUACACCUGCCCCCACUGCCCCAAGGCCUUCUUGAGUGCCAGUGACCUGCGCAAGCACGAGCGCACCCACCCUGUGCCCAUCGGGACCCCCACGCCCCUGGAGCCCCUUGUGGCUUUGCUAGGAAUGCCUGAGGAGGGACCAGCUUGAGGCCCAUGCCCCUUCCACCUCACGGCCAGGAGCCCAGACUUCACAGGGUGCCUCCUGAACCUCUCUGCCCCUGCUUUUUAGACUCCAGAUUCCUGUCCCCCGGGCAGCUAGCUUUCCUUGCCAGCAAAGAGUUGGGGGACAGAGACACAUGUCCUCUGAGCAACACUCAUUAAAACAUUCACUUUGA